UUUGUACUGGAGAAAGGAAGGGACUAGGGUUAUCGGAGCGACACGUCGGAGAAAAGACGUGGCGGUGAGUGGGAUGCACCUCUGCUAGCAUGACUCUGGCGUACACGUGCGAAGCAUUCCUGAACCAUUGUCGUGUCUUGUGUGUUCCUGAACGUUGCGUUGUAUUGUGUUGUCAUAUAUCAUCGUGAGUUUGGGUUUUUGUGUGUCUCUCCACCCCUGCCUGAUUCCCUAUUCGAUCGAAUUAGGGGUUUUCUUCUCAUUAAUUUUUCUGCACGUUCAAAUCCAAUCCAAUGUCUCUCCCUGAUUCUCCCGUGCCCGAUGAUAUCGAGACCGAUCCAUCCGAAGAAGAGGAAGAAGUCGAAGAGGAAACAGAGGAGGAGGAAGCUGAAGAAGUGGAAGAGGAGGAGAUUGAGGAAGAAGUAGAAGAGGAAGAUUUUGAAGAAGAGGUAGAGGAGGAAGAGGUUGAGGAAGUAGAUGAGGAAGAAGUGGAUGGGGAAGAGGUCGAGGAAGUAGAUGAGGAAGAAGUGGAUGAGGAAGAGGUCGAGGAAGUAGAGGAGGAAGAGGAAGUGGAAGAGAUGGAGUUAGAAGAAGAGGAAGACGAAGAGGGAGAUGGAGAACAAGAAGUAGAGGAAGUGGAGGUAGAGGAAGAAGAGACAGAGGGAGAAGAAGAAGAAGUAGAAGUUGAGGUAGAAGAAGAGGAAGAGGGAGAACACGAAGUAGAAGAAGGGGAGGGAGAAGUCCAAGAGGAUGAAGGAGAACAAGAGAAACAAGAACAAGAAGCACUGGAGGAUAAUAAAGAAGACCAACAACAGAAACAAAGAGAAGCAGUGGAGGAGAAGAAGGAAGAGCAACCACAACAACUAGAAGAAACAGCGGAGGAGAAGAAAGAAGAGCAACGACAGCAACAAGAAGAAGCAGUGGAGGAGAAGAAGAAAGAGCAAGAACAACAACAAGAAAAAGCUAUGGAGGAGAAGAAGAAUGAACAACAUUUGCAACAAGAAGCAAUGAAAGAGAAGGAGGGACAGCAAAAAGAAGAAACAGUGGGGGAGGAUAGAUUGGCGGUGAAAGGUUCUCCACCCGAUGCUGAUAAGGGUCGGCAAGAUUUGAGCCUACAUAUGGAGUCUAAGGAACAAGACAAAAACUUGGGGCCAAAUUAUUCUGUGGUUGAAAACCCUGAAGUAAUUCCACCAUCUAGUGUGCAUUGCAUCGAAGAGACUGAUGCGAUGCUCAAAAUAUCUGUUCCUUCACGUGAGAUACUGACAUUGAAAAAGGAAGAGCUUCAUCUGAAAUAUGACAUUUCAAGUCAUUCGAAAUCAAGAGAAAAUCUGACUAAUGUUGAAAAUUGUAGAAGUCAAGGACUAGAAGUUGAUGUUGAAAAUGCUGGAUCCCUUCUGCAGAAGGAAAUACAGGGUGGAUACAGUGAGUUAGGUUCCAAUAGCAAGCCUAAUUUAUGUGAUGAUAAUGAUAUUGAUUCCAGGGGCAGGGCCACCAAGUCAUCUAGUGAUACUGGACAAGAUAUGGUCAUUUGCCUGCUUCCAAAAAAUUGUAUUGUUGAGGAUGCUAGUGGUGGUCAGAAUUCUAGGAACAAUAUCAAGCAGUUAGAGAGGGAGGAGUCAAGGGAUGAUAUGAAGCAAACACUGUCAAGGACUAGAAGUAUGUCUCCCAGUGCUGAGAUUAAAAUCACAAACAAACGACCAAAAAUUAUAUGUGAUUUUUUUGCUAAAGGAUGGUGUAUCAGAGGUAGUUCCUGUAGCUUUCUUCAUAUAAAAGAUACUGUGGAUAAGACAGAUCAGGAGGCUGAAGCUGACUUAGUUACUGCUCAUCAGAAGAGAAAAUUGAAAGUGGAAGAAGGUGUUAGGGACAAUGUUCAGAGAAUGAGGAUGAAUGAGCAAGAACAAACUCCUAGUUGGCAUCCAUCUCAAGAAAAACAGAACUUUACGCCGAGGGACAACUUGUUUCCAGAGAAUAGAUUUGCAUUUAGUUCAACAAGCAAUUAUUUCAACCCAAAUCAGGAUGGAAUGACUACUCUUCGGAACCAACAUAUAUACAAAGGAUACGCUUCCACUCUUUUGAACCAUUCACCAAAUUCAAGCCUGGUUACUCAAUUUCCAUCUUCAAGUAUGUCACUCUCUCACCGGAUUUCUUCUCAAUCAGCAUGUUCAUUGCCUUUUAGUUCAUCUUUGGGGGCUGGUAAUCUGAACUCCCAAAAGCUUUUGAGCACUGAUAAAGAAUAUCUCACAUCUAAGUCCACUUUCUCUGGUUCAGGGCGGGAGGAUUUUCGUCUAGUUAGUUCUUCCAGCGUUCCAUCUUAUCCCACUGGAUAUAAAUCAAAAAUCUGUUCUUAUGAUUGGGAACCUUCUGUGCCCUUCCGGCCAUCCUUUUUUAUCACUCCCAUGAAUGUAUCAUCUCCUGGAGAUCUUUAUGACCCUCUUCGAGAUAGCAUUGAGAUACCUAAUAUAGGGGAUGGGUCUUUGAAGGCUUCCCUUUUAAUUCAAGGAUCUAACGUACUGGCUUCAUCACAGGCUCCGAUAUAUGGUGAUUCUGCUGUGAUUGGGAAAUACACGUCCAGUGUUAAUGAUGACAAAAGUUCUGUAUCUUCACAUAAUAAACUUUAUGAAAAUGAGCCAAACAAAAACUCUGUUCCUCAUGAAAAAAAUACUGAAACAGAGAUAACGUCAGGAACUUAUGUAAACUAUCAAAAUGGUAAAAUUGGCACGGGACAAAAUACCUUAGGUGUUGCAGAUAGUACAAUAAAGGAGAGAGAAAUGACUGAGCAUGAUGCUAGACGACAUGGUGAAGGAUCAGGGCACAAAACAAAGAGAGGAGACAGGGAUAAGAAAAAUCAUGAAAUAGAUGUUGACUUUCAGAUGGAUGGCAGCAUGCAGAAGGAACCAAAGGCACUAAAAAUGUUACGUGCAGCUCUUGUUGAUCAUGUAAAAGAGUUAUUAAAACCAGUUUGGCAUGAGGGUCGUCUUAGCAAGGAUGCACAUAUUAUGAUAGUCAGAAAAUCAGUUGACAAGGUUGUUAGCACCAUAGAGCCCCAUCAGAUUCCUACCAUAGAUACUGCCAAGCAAUAUGUUUCUUCAAGUCGGGCAAAAAUUGCAAAGCUGGUCAAUGGAUAUGUCAACAAAUAUGGCAAAUCUUGAUAUGCAAGCCAAAACAGUUUUUUGUACAGUUCCUGAUCAAUUGCCUGGUCGUAGUUCAUGAAAAGUUCUGUCUGAGGCUCUCUUUUUCAUAAAGAAGGCAAAGAACACUGCAAGCCGGGAAGAUCUAUGAAAUCUGACUGCAAGCAACGUAAUAGAGAAUGUGUCUGUUGACAACAUUCAGUGAUAGCUAUGUCUUGGGAUAUCAAUACCAAGAGCAGACUGCAAAGAGUAAGUGUCUUAAUUCGUUGCAGUGGAGAGGAAGAAACCAGUGUUUUUUGGACACUUCGCUAGGAUUUUAAUAUGUUUUGAAAAUUUGUUGAUCUACCAAAAGUUGCAAUCAGCCUACUAUGAUCCAGCAUGUGAGUUAGCACAUUGUCCCCCCUCCCUCUCUCAAUAGAAAUUUGUUGGAUGGAUAUUGUUUAUGACUGUUUUACAGUGAUUGCUAUAACUGACAAGGAUAAAUACUAAUGCAUUUUGUAUAUUCGGAUAAACUAAACAGAAAACCAAAGAAUUUUAUUAUUGCUGAAAGCAAUGAAUUGUACAUAUUUGUAGAAGAGGCUCUGAAUAGACUCUUUGCGAAGUAAACACUGUAUAGUGCUGACUCAAUACUAAAAGAGUUUGUAACUUCUAGAAAGAUCACCAAUUACAUGCUCUACAGUAAUACUGUAAGCUUUACAGGCUUGGACUAUUAACAGAUACAAAGACAGGGCAUUCCGUUAGAAGCUUCUCCCUACCCAAGCUCAAGGUGGUGAGAAACUACCAGUGGAGACAUAUUGACCUUGGACUGCUUAAAUGGGAUUAGAUAAGAGAUUAGAACCUUGCUUGGACCUUGUAGCAAAAGGUCCUUAGCGUUGUAAUAUAAAUGCUUUAGCUUCGAUCACGUUUGUCUUAGAUAGUAGGUCCUUAAUACACAUGGUUUGAGUAAUUAUGAGAGCCACCAAAACAUAAUCCAGAGCUCCAAGCUGCUUAAGAGAGAAAGCGGAAUGAAGCUAAGUGAUAAGAUGUUGAACCAAGGUAAAAGAGGCUGCUAGUUAUAAAUUUUGUCAUCAAUGCACACCAAAAGAUAGCAGGGGAAAAGUGUUGGCUGUAAAUGAAUAGUGAAAUGAUUGCAUUAGCUGUCGUUGGAAACCAAAUUUAAUAGAUGUGGUUUCCAGGCACUAAAACCAAGUUCAAGGAGCUUGGUUGAGCCUGUUAAAUAUAGUGAAAACUAUGUAUGAAAUUAAUCUCUUUUGUAUUGAAUAUACACAUAAGGUACUAUAUUUAUAAUAGAAGAAAUAUGAAUUAAGUCCAAAAUAUAAAUAAGGAAUAAUAACAAAUUAAAUAAAGAUAAAAGAUAAAGCUAAGAUAUCUAUCUAAGAUAUCCAAUACUCUCCCUCAAGUUGGUGCAUACAAAUUGUAUGUAUCAAAUUUGUUACUAAUAUAAUCACUAAAGACUUAGUGAAAAUAUCCACAUCUGUACUCAAAUGACAUCAAAUUGUUAAUGAUUUGUGAAGACAACAUAGAAGACAAAAUACCAACCCAGAAGACUUCUCUUGAGCAACAAAUGUGGGAAGUUGCUUCAUAUAAAUUUCUUCUUACAAAUAGCCGUUAAGGAAUGCAUUGUUGACAUCUAGUAGAUAAAGAGGCCAUUGUUGAAGAGCCACCAUUACUAUGAAGAAACUAACAAAAGUCAUCUUUGUCAUGGGAGAAAAAACAUAUAUGGAUAGGUCAAACACAUCGAUGACAGAAGAAAGAUUAGAAGAGAUAGCAACGAAAGAAGCCUUGGACGAACACGAUAGAAAAAAACCCUAAAAAUUCAAGACUCUCCAAUCAGGGCUCCAAGCACAGAUUUUGAAGGAGGAGAAAGAGGUGACCUCAGUGCUUUGAAUCACUAUUCGAAAGGAGAUGGGAUGCUUUGCCAUGCUCGACGGAAAAAGGACCAAAUCGACAACUUCGAGAGGCUUGUGAGUGUGUGUAUGAGCUUCAAUGAAUGUGCUGUUGACGGCAUGGUGGUUACUAGACCAAGACGAUCAAAAUCGUGUGGUUGCUAGUCGAAACUGUAACUCUGACAAUAGUGAUGGCGGAAGACGGUGGUGGUAGCUCCAGUAGAGGCGACGAAAAGUUUUUCCCAAAAGAACCUGACAUUGGAUACCAUGUUGAAUAUAGUGAAAACUAUAUAUGGAAUUAGUCUUCCUUGUGUUGAAUAUACACAUAGGAUACUAUAUUUAUAAUAGAAAAAAUAUGGACUAAUCUUAAAAUACAAAUAAGGAAUAAUAACAAACUAGCUAAAGAUAAAGAUAAGAUAUCUAUGUAAGAUAUCUAAUAAUAUAAUAUAUUUAACAGAGCCCAUAAAUAGCAUUAUGCAAUGUACUAGCCAAAGAGGUGUGAGGAGCUUAUGUCUUAUAAGCCUCUUCAAGAAAGCCAUUAAAAUCAUUGAUCACUUCAAAUUGAUGAAGCGAUCACUUGGAAGUGACUAUAAAUAAAAUAAAUUGUGAACAGUAAUAUGCUUUAUUACUGGAGAAAAGGUUUGAUUAAUGUCAAUUACCUGCUGUUGAUUGGAACCUUGGCUACUCCCUGCUGUUGAGACCAUUUGUUUAUAGAAACAUAAGCAUUUUCCUUUAUCUUGAAAACCCAUAUUCAGCUAAUAGGAACUCUUUUAGGAGGAAAAGGAAUCGGCGUGCUUUAAUAAUCUAUUACAUUUACCAAGAGUUUGAGAAAAUGGAAAUAAAAAUCUUAUGUCCAUAUGCGAGCGAUGUGACAAGUGAUUAUAAGAUAAAUUGUCUUAAAUUAGUUUAUUUUGUAUCAUUAUAAAAAGGCAUUUGAAGUUAUUUGUAAUAGUUAUUUUAUAUUUGAAUUGAUCGGUUGUUGGGGAUAAAAUAGGAAAACAACUUCGCUAGAAAAUAAUCUGUUAGGUUUUAAUCAUAAUAGUCUUGAGUAUUUGAAAACAAAACCCAUUAGAAUCUUAUUUUCACUAAUGUUACCAAACAAGAGAGAGUAAAAUUAAAAAAAGUUUAUGGGAACAAAACCUCUAAAUAUAGUUCAAUCCAAACAUACUCCAUAGUUAUAGGAUUCAAUGUAUGAUAAAAUUAUAUCGGUUAUACGUGAUGCUGCUAAAAUUAAGUUUAUACUUUAUCAAUCGAAAUUCAUACAUGUGUACGUGUGGCACAUGGGUAUCUACACUGCCGCUCGGAACUUUUGCCAAAUAUCCAAUAAAGUUUGUUGUUCAUUAUUAGACUGUUAUCUCGUGCUACAGUAACUGAGUCUUUAUUUUUCCUGUAUUCAGUUUUUACAUUUUACAUAAACAAUCAAUCGUACUUUAGAAUGAAAUUUCAUGGACUUAAGCAUAAGCUGGUGAAGCUUGUAUCAAAAUGCAUGCACACCUUAUCUAUGCAUCUAAAAUGUUUUACAAGCAUAGAAAUCUUAAGCAUUUAUUCUAUUCCUAGCCAUUCAAAUGUGAAUAGUGUAGUUGCUUAACCAUUUUUUUGCUCGAGUGCCAUCUGUUAUCAUUCUGACUUCUGAGUUUUAUUGGUCAUCUUCUACAAUUCACCGUUCAAAACAUGAGCAUCCUUGCACCAUUUCUGUAGUAAUGCCUAACAUGUAGAUACUUAAACCUUCAAGGUAGCAGCAUCUUAAAUUUGUAUUUGAGCAUAUUAAUAUCGUGAGUUGACAAAGUAAAAGAGUUGAUGGUCAACCAUGUAACAAAUGGUUGAACAAGUGCAUAGAAGUUGAAUCUUUUAUAGUUUUAAUCAACCGAAUAAAACAAAAAAUGAUAGAUAGUAUCCCUAGAGUACAGGUUUAUAAUGUUGAUCAUUUGGUGUUACUCACUAACCUUGAAAUGAAGCACGUCACAUGUAUUCUCUUCAGACAAAAUUUAGCUAUAAAAUGAUAGAUUUCUGAUUAUAUUUUCUGGCCUUACAUGAACGAAAACAGAAUAAAUAAACCUUGCGUCAGUAAAUUGAGAUUUUCUCUUGGAAUAGUAUGUGCUUUAACAGAACCUUACUUAACAAAUCGACAUUGUCGACAUGGGGAUAGAAGAGAAUUCAUUUUCUGGCCAAACCCUGUUCCGGCCUUUUCUUGUUUGUAUUCUUUCUUGCAUUGUUAUGUUCAUGAUAUGUCAUAUUGCUGCCUGUUUUACCGCAUGACAUCUUACUACUACUAUGGGUUGCUUGUGACGAGCUUGAGGAACUGGGUGGAUUUGUAAUCAAAAUCUGAUUUAUUUGGAUGGCGAGUUCUUGUGGCCGAAGUUGACCAAUGGAAAUAAGCUUGUCAGCUGGAGUGAUCUUGAUUGAAUGGCGGCAGAAUUCAAGUUUGCUAUAUUGCUUGUAAAUUCAAAUUCGGGGUCAUGCUUGCUGGCCACGUAGUGUCAGCCCGGUUAGGUGAAGGGGCUUUGGUUGAUGGUCUUGAAUAGAAGAAACAAGGCUACAAAAAGAGAUCGAGUCCAAUGAAUAUGGAAUGCUAUCAUACGCAACAUUGGAGAAACUCGCCAGUGGGACCUCACUUUAAUUCAGUUGGAAUGUGGUAUGCCGGGUUGUUGAUAUUGUUAUUGGCGUUGGGGAUACGCCAAUACGCAUAUAUAAUUUUAGGGGUAAUUCCUGAGAAGUUAAACAUGUUGGAUCAAGAAAGAAUGAUAAAUCAUAAUUGGUGAACGUAGAUAACGUUACACAGGGGGCAUGAUCUGUACAUUAUCUUUUAUCAACAUUCUUUGAUGCAAGAAGUUGCUAAUUGAACUUAAGUUUGUGUAUGAAGUUUGUCAUCUUUAGUUCGAGGUUUGUAACAUCUUCCAGUUGCCCCGUAUAGAUGGCAGGUGUUGGAUACAUUGAGGAGUCUGAAUUGCCUAUAUUGGUGGAUAUUUCCGAGA